AUGAGAACCUAUGCCAUACUAGGUGGCACAGGCUCAACCGGUUCAAGCAUAAUCAACCAACUCCUCCAAGACGAAGAUGUCCAUAUAAACGUUUACGCCCGAUCCGCCAAAAGACUCUCGGAAAAAGUACCCGACCUCUCCUCAAACCCACGCGCCAAGUUAUAUAUCGGGUCACUCGAUGACAUCGAGCUACUAGCCAAUUGCCUCGAAGGUGUCGACGCAGCCUUCUUCACAGUAGCAACAAAUUUCAACAUACCAGACUGCUCAAUAGCCCAACAAACGGCACAUUCAGCCGUAUCAGCACUAGAAAUAGUGCGAUCACGCAUCACCAAGCGUAAUGGCAAGACUAAACGCAGCUGGGUAUGCCCAUCUCUGAUCUUCCUCUCUUCUGCCGGAACCAACCCCGAAUUGAUGGCGCAACAGUCGUGGGCCUUCAACUUUGCAGUCUCAAGAGGGUGUUAUUGGAUUUACCGUGAUCUCUCCCUGGCGGCGGAUUAUCUGCGGAGUCAUGAUUGGCUUCCACUGAUCUUUAUUCAGCCUAAUGCAUUGGUGCAUCAUUGUGCUUUUGGUGUGAGGUUGGAUGAAGAAGAGGCGAGCUCGAGAUGUUCCUAUGCGGACCUUGCUAAUGCUAUGGUUCUUGCUGCUGAAGGGAAGCUAGAAUCCGGGGAUUUAAAAGGAGAGAAGAGUCGAUGGAUUGGGAAGUGUGUUGGAGUUAGUAGUCUUGGUGGUGGGAAGGUGAAGGUUGCAACUGAGAAUCUCAAUUAUGUUAUUCCUGGGUUCGUGGGAUACUUCUCGCCAGCUCUAUGGAAUAUGUGCAAGAGUAUAGGGCUAUGGUGA